AUUGAAUGCACAGUUUGUUGUUUUGACGCCGCCUCGAGUGCAGGCACAGGUUUCGUUUAUGAAUCCGCGCCCGACGGAUCCCAAGUUCAGUAAGCGGUUGUAGACACCCUGUUUUUAAACAGGGGCGACUCCGUAUUCAGGUGGUGACGAGGGACAAACCAGUGGAUUAUCCGUCAAGGACGAAUCAAGUCAUUUACUCGCGACAAGAAUAAGAGCUUCGGGAAACUUGAUCUAUCGAUCGAGAGGCGCCGCUUGGAUAAGAAACUGCCAGUAAUGAUGUCUAAUUGGACUAACGUGGACGAUGCUGCAGUGUGAUUGGAAAUAGGCAAUUACAUCCAAGUCGGAACAAUGAGCGUGCAGGCAGCGAGCAGGGGCGCUCCAGCCGGAGCUCCGACCUCUCGGCAUUCAUCGAGCCUAUUAGCCUGUGUGCGGGAAUCAUCACCUCCAUCUGACCCCGGCGACGAGGCUCCUGCUGCUGGUGACUCCGUCAAAAAUGGGUCAACAACCCAUCAGCCAGAGCCCAAGAAGCGCCGAUUUCACCCACUGCGCGGCCUCAAGAGAAUGUUCCGGCGCGCCCCCAGGGUGCCCGAGGCGCCUCAAGACCUACCUGAGCAGAUGGGCGAGUCUUGCAACCCCAAUGGCGGCGAUCACCUGAUGGUACCAGAAGUGCAUUUGCGAUCACGGUCGGCCAGCGAGCUGAUGGACAGCACGCAGGAACUGCGGAAAAGAAGUGCUGGUGGUCUGUCUGGCAGUAGUCAUGGAGGCAGCGCUGGGGUCUUGUCAGGAGGGCUCAGCCUGUCCCACGACUCGAUUUUUACCUCUGAGUCAAGAGCUGGUUCUUCUUCACCCAGAGGAGGCAGUGCCAUGGAUAUUCCCGAGUCAUUCAGCCUCCACCAUAAACUGAAUGGAGCAGUUUCUCCACUCAUUGGUGUGCAUCCAAACGGGCCGAUUGCUUCACAUGCAGGAGUUCGGGCCGAGCUGUUCGAAGCGGUGCGCCGCCGACGGGGCCGCAGCCGAAGCGAGGACGAGGAGGAGGAUUUGGGUUUGCCGAGCUCCCCAUAUGGCGUUUCGCCGACCACUGCUGAUGAGCACAACAACACGGGAGCUCACAGUACUUGCAGUGACGGGUCUCUCCUCAGCAUGGGCAGCACCGAGAUGGACGAGGACUUCCAAAUCUCGGGAGGCUCAGUUCAGUUGUUUGCUGCCGACAGGUCCCAUUCCGACGGCGUGAGAGACAUGGAGUCGGAAAAUGGGGACAAAAUCCCCCCGCUAAGCCACAUUGCAGCAAAGCACAAGAUAGCAGUUAGACCGAAGAGGACGCACGGCCCUCCACGGCUCAGACGGCUUCAAACCACCCCUUCUGUGUUGCCAUCUACCCCAGAGGCGGCCGAGGAAACCGGCGCUCUUCCUGUGGACUUCAAAAAAGAUGACGUCUGCUUGCCUCCCUGUUCUCCCAGCCCUGAAAUUACCCCGCAGCCAGCUGAAAUCACUGUCUCUUCGCCAACAGGGCACGCGCCUCUUUCUUUCGAAGCCAUGCUUGAGCGCCAACUAAAAUCAGCCUCACUGCCGCCUGGCCUUGCUCUAGCCGCCGCCUCCAACGCGCCCGCCACCGAGGUCAAGCUUUCCCGCAGCCACUCAAGCACGGAGCAGCCCAACCCUGCGCUUGUCAAGCCGGCCUACCGCAGGGCAGUGUCGGCCGUGCGCAUCGAGCAGGCCGCCCUAGCCAGCGCCGCAGCCUCAAAAUUCAGUGCCAUGUUUGGAGAAUCCACGGAAGACGAAAAACCCGAAAAGUUGGAAAUUGACGUCAAGCCCGAGAAAAUUGAGGCGCCCAGACCGGAAAAGAGGGAAAUCGUCAAACCAGAUAAACUGGACAUCAAACCAGACAGACCCGUACCUCUACCAAGGGUGUCUCCUAUCAAGAAGGUGGAGGAAGCAACCUCUCCUGUCAAGGAAAUUAAGUCGAUUUUGAAAAAGGAAGAAAAGGCAGAGUCACCGACCAGGAAAGAUGCCCGAUCGCCUCCAAUUUUGGCUCCUAAGCCAGAGCCAAGGCGAAUUUCCUCCGCAAGCUCUCGGCAGAGAGUUGAACCUGUGCUGGUGCACCAAAAGGCAGAAAUCCCGCCGCCUUCACCUGUGUCACCUGUAACGCCGGUUUCUCCUUCAAAUUUUGUUCUUGUUUCUUACACAGACGAUUCCCUGGACACCCACAGGGGCUCCGAGUUCAGCGCCCAGUCGCCCAGCUCAUUGGACAGUCUCGAAGAUUUCCGCAGAAUUCGAAGUCCGAGUCAGUCGCAGAUGGACAGUCUGGAGCGCAAUCUCAAGAUUUCCUCCGACUCCCUGAGUUCCGGUACCGAACUCUCCAGCACGAGUGACGACGUGCGGCCCACACCUCGAUUCAGGCAAUCCUGGCUACCGACAAGUGACUCCUCUGAAGAUAAAAUCGAAGUGCGGCCUGUAAAAUUGCGCGUUGUCAAGAGCAGACAUUCGGACCCUCCGGUGUCAAUCGCUCCGCCGGAUAAUUUCAUCAGGAAGUCUUCCUCAGUGGACAGCAUGCUCAGUGACAACAAUAAUUCGAGUGGCUCUCACAGAAAAACCUCCUCAAAUGACAGUAUCAGCAGCACUGAGGAAGUCAAUUUGCGGCCAAGCGAGAUCAGAAAGCGACUCAAAGACAACGAGUGGCCGGUUAGGGUGGAAAAAUCAGCCAAGCCGAGCACCCCCGAGUUCCUCCGUUUGCAGCUGAACCCUGUGGAGAGCAAGCAGGAAACGCCCGUGGCUAAAGUGGAGCCGAGUAGGAGAAGCAGCAGCAGCUCUGUCGAAGAGUUGGACAAACCGAAGUUGCUGAAGCAAAACUCUUCCCCUCAACGGCUUCGACUUUUCACCAACCCUACUGCGGUGGAAGUCAAAGCUGUGGAAAAGAAAGCAGCCGAAACCAAGGCAGUUGAAGUUUUGCCCAAGAGCCCCGAAGUCAAACUAUUCGAGGCGCCGAAGGUUGUCAAGAGUUUGGCUGUCAAUGGAAAGAGCACAGAAGAGAGAGGAUCGAUGUUCAAAUCCAAGUCAAUUGAUAUCGAAGUGGCCAAACCUCAAAUUGUCAACCAGAGAGUGAAGCCACAGGAGGAAGCGCCGCCAUUGCAAAUUCUGCCCAGCAAGCUUAAACUUGUAGAGGAGCCGAAAGUUCAGAACGGACACCAGAAUAAAACAAAGGCAUUCGAAGAGGCUCCGCAAAGUAAACCGAAUCAGAACGGAAGCAUACAAGAGGUGGUGCUCAGGAGGAAACCAUCAGCGGUAGAAGCAAAGUCCGAUGAGUGCGAGCUCUUCAAAGUGUUUGCCCGUCGGUCGCUGAAGGUCACAAAGGACUCGGACAACAACUGGGAGACCCUUGGCGCGCAGAAGUCGAGGGACAGUGACAAAGAGAAUGACGAAGAGGCCAAACCCACGACCAUGGAGAAAACUCUCAACUCGAUAAAUAACAACACUGUCCCAACCAGCAUGGCCAACAACAACAACAGCCUCAACCGACGACCGCAGACCUUCAUCAGCAAAAGUCCGGAGCACAGGCUGGAGAGACCAGUGCAAGAUAAUAAGGCCCCUAGACCGAAGAGUUUUUCGUGGGGCAUAAAGGACAAGGAAAUCGAGCUGGUCAAUGGCAGCAACUCCAACUCCGGAAUGGCUUCACUGCCACCAAACGUCUCGCUGGAAAAGGCAACCAUCAAGACCAUGACCCCGACAGUCAAGAAGAAGUUGAACCAAUGGGAGCGAUGGGCGCAGCAAGGCGGAAAAACCGACUAGUGCCCUUGAGUGGCAAAUCACGCAGUUUGAAGAUGGUUUCGUGGCGCUGAGAGCAUAGACGUUGUUUGCACCCACAGAUAGCUCUCGUCAAAACUGACAAGAGCUGCUUUCGUCAAAGUAUUUAUGUUGAGCAAAGUCAAGCUGGAUUUAUUGGCACUGGUGGCCGCAGUUACGGAUUAAUCAGAUUUUAUUAUUGAGGGAUAUCACACAGCUACCCAUUAAUGAUUUUUGUACUAAAGUAUAUAGCGAGUUAUAAGAAUAAGAAAGCGAAUAACAAUUUAUUGUUGGAAUGCAAAAGCUUGGACACACCACUUUACACAAAAAUGUAAUUUCCUGUGAUUUUUAAUGAUAACAAUAAUGAACAUUGGAGACGCAAGCAAAAAUAUAAUCGGGUUCACAUCCAAAACAGUAUUGAGAACAUUGUCAAGAGUAUUAUAUAAAACCCACAUACUAGAAGAGCAAAAAAUUGUGUCACUAAAAUUGCAAGUUCCAAGUUGCGUAUUAUAUAUCAACCCUCACAUAGCAAGUCUGCAUUGCCUGAUAAUAUUUUUUAUUCAAUUUUUAGAUUCCAAAAGAGGAGACAAGAUAAUAUUUGUACAAUUUAUUGAGUCAACUCAUGUGGAAAUAGCACUGUGUAGUUGAAUGUGAAUACUUACAUGCCUUACUUUUCCUCCUCUUUUUGAUGAUGAGUGAUCGGCUUGAUUUGUAAAUAGUAGAGAAAAUUGUAACCAAUUUGAAACUGAGCAAAGGUACAUAAUAUAUUAUAUGACGCAUGUUACUCUCAAAAUAACAUAAGCAUUCCUAAGGGCAGAUUGUGUCAAGAUGUGAUCUUUGUUAGCAGAAAAAUCACUGAAGCUGUUUGUUGGCACGAGAUUGUUUUUUGGAGAGCUUUAUUGCAGGCCCUUAAAAUUGAUAAUCACUCAGAGGACCAUGAGAGAAAAAAAAAUUGGUUGACCCAGUUGUAGAAAACCUAAAUGCAUCGAUAGCUGGCUUGUGGAUUUUUCAAAAUUUAUUGGAGAAAAACAUAACAUAUCUAACAAAUUAAUACCGUGAAUUAUAUAUUUUUUGCUAGGAAAUUAUUCUUGUUGAAUCGGGAUCAUGACCGGGAGUGAUAUAAAUGAAUCCAAAGUUUUGUGCAUGCCGCAAUUAGAUUGCUGGCCUUAAAAUUGCUCUACUGGUUCUUUUGUAUCUUAGGGUUAAGUUAUCUGUAACCCGCAAAAAAGCUGAAACAAAUAAUGGUAACCAAUUUUUUCAAACGAUUUUAAUGUGAGUUUUAAUAAUGUAAAAAUUAUUAACAGUAUCCGCUGGGUAGAAAGGAAACUAAGCAAAAAAAAUUGUGUUUUAGGUCUCUAGUCAGUUGCCUAUUUUAAAUAUGAUGCCUGAAUUGUGUCAAAGUUGCAUUUUUUGUUUUAAAAUCGUGUACUCAAUUUGCGUCUGAUGUGGAGGGUUAAGUAUUUCAAUUUCUAAAGGAGCGUGCAUGAAUAAUUAAAUUGCAAAGCAAAACCUUUUUGUUAUUUCAAUUUUUUGUAUUGUAAUUUUUAACCAAUAUUUUGAUUUUCUCUCCAUGCAAGAUGAGCAGAGGAAAAUUUCUUUAUUCAACACAAAAUGUAAUGCUGUAUAAUAAUGUAUAAUUUGCUACGUACACUUCUCUCUGUAAUAAAGAUGAAAAUAAGACGUAAGAGAAAUUGAAA